AUGGUCUCGCAGCUGAGCCCGCUGCAACGGGAGCUGCUGAGCGCGCUGCUGGCUUCGGGGCUGGCCCGGGAGGGCCUGAUCCAGGCGCUGGACGAGCUGCUGCCCCCGGGGGCCUACGGCGUGAAGCUGGAGGACUUGCCCCUCUCGCCCAGCCCGGGGGGCGGCGGCGGCUGCGGGGGUGCCGAGGGGGCGGCGGAGCGCAAGCCGGCCCUGCACAGCCUCAGCAACGGCCACGCGGCCCGCGGCGGGGCCCCCCCGGCCAAGGGCUCGGGCGACGAGGGCUCCGAGGAGGAGGGCGACGACUUCGACACGCCGCAGAUCCUGCGGGAGCUCCAGGCGCUCAACACCGAGGAGGCGGCCGAGCAGCGCGCCGAGGUCGAGCGCAUGAUCAGUGAGGACCCUUGGCGGGCUGCCAAGAUGAUAAAGGGUUACAUGCAACAACAUAAUAUCCCUCAGCGAGAGGUGGUGGACGUCACUGGGCUGAACCAGUCCCACCUUUCACAGCACCUCAACAAAGGCACACCCAUGAAAACCCAGAAGCGAGCGGCUCUCUAUACGUGGUACGUCCGGAAGCAGAGGGAGAUUCUCAGGCAAUUCAACCAGACAGUCCAGGGUUCUGGAAAUAUGACAGACAAAACCAGUCAAGAUCAGCUGCUGUUUCUCUUUCCAGAGUUCAACCAGCAAAGCCAGGGCGUGGGCCAAAUAGAUGACCCCUGUGUCGAAACGCCCAGCAAGAAGAUGCGUCGGAAUCGCUUCAAAUGGGGCCCUGCUUCCCAACAGAUCUUGUACCAAGCCUAUGAACGGCAAAAGAACCCCAGCAAGGAGGAAAGGGAAGCGCUGGUGGAGGAGUGCAACAGGGCAGAAUGUCUCCAACGGGGUGUGUCCCCUUCUAAAGCUCACGGACUGGGUUCAAAUUUGGUGACGGAAGUCCGCGUCUAUAACUGGUUUGCAAACCGGAGGAAAGAAGAGGCGUUUCGCCAGAAGCUGGCCAUGGAUGCCUACAGUACGGGUCAGCCUCAUAGCAUGAACCUUUUGCUUUCGCACAGUUCCCCUCACCACGCACAGCCCAGCUCUUCCCCCCCAAGCAAAAUGGCAGGAGUCCGCUACAGCCAACAAGGCAGCAAUGAAGUCACUUCCUCCUCAGCCAUUAAUCACCAUGGCAACAGCGCCAUGGUGACCACCAGUCAGGCUGUCCUCCAACAAGUAUCUCCAGCCGGUUUGGACUCCAGUCACAGCCUCCUCUCACCAGAUGGUAAAAUGAUCACGGUUUCUGGCGGUGGGCUGCCCCCUGUCAGCACCCUCACCAACAUCCACAGCUUCUCCCAUCACAGCCAACAACAGACCCAGAACCUCAUCAUGACGCCAUUAUCAGGAGUCAUGGCGAUCACACCAAGCCUCAACAGUUCCCAAGCGCAGAGCGUCCCCGUCAUCAACAGCGUGGCCAGCAGCCUGGCAGCCCUCCAGCCCGUCCAGUUCUCCCAGCAGCUCCACAGCCCACACCAGCAGCCCCUCCUACAGCAGUCACCCAACCCCAUGGCGCAGCAACCCUUCAUGGCCACGGUGGCCCAGCUGCAGAACUCACACAGUAAGGAUCUUGUCAGUGUAUGCACACAAGCCGGAACCCCCCCAGUAUUCCCACACAACUCGGUUCCCUUCAGCCAUGGUGGUCACGGAUACCAGCAGCAUCAGUUCCUUAACCAAUAUGUCUUCCAGUAAACAGUGUCCGCUGCAAGCCUGGUGAUAUUCAGCAUCUCCCUUCUUCUGCAUGGAGCAGCCAGAAAUUGUUUUUUCCCAAAACAUCCUGCCAUUAACUGACAAGGGAGGCUGGAGACACUGAAGCAAAGCUCGGACAGAUCGCCCAGCCUCAUCAUCGCAAGGAGCCCAUUAAACUGAGAAGCAGUGCCGGAGUCUGAAAAGAUAAGCCUUUUGGUGACUUGUCAUGGCAGCCAUCCAGGUGCAGUUCCCAAAGAUGGGGCAAUCCCCCCCCCCCCCCGCAGUAUUUCCCAAGACUUGCCUUCAGGACUCUGCAAGUCUUUUCCUUCCAGAGGGCAUUUGUCACUUCCCAAGAGAAAGAAGAACAAAACGGGCACUGAGAAGGAGCCGGAGAUGGUGGAAGAUCAGUCAUAUUUAUAAAGUUACAUUCCUCCACGAAAACCGAAAAGUUUGAGAAGUCAAAGCUGUUACUUCAGACUGGGAAGGAGGACCCCCCUGUGCUGUUGAACUGAGCCAGUGAAUUGUAAAUACAAGGCAAUUCCCUCCCCUCGCUCCUGUCCUUCCUCCCCCCCCCCAGGCCCACCCACAGAGAUUUAUAUUAAAGAACGCUACUGUUAUCCAAUGGAUGUAUACAAAAUUAAGUGCAAUCUUCCCCACCUGUAUAUAGAUUUCUUAUUAUUUCCUUCUCUCUUUUUUUUUUGUAAGGACAGAGUUUAAUUUGCAACUUUUCCUGAUAUUUUUUGAAUGAACCGAAGAAAAAUAACAUAGUCAAAGCACA